CACUUCUCAAACAAGUGUCGGUUCGAAGUCUUCCAACCUUCAGUUCACGGAGGUUUUCUGAACUGGAAGGGAGUCUCGCUUCUCACUUCCAGCUCACGAUUUUUUUCCCAGGCUCCUCGUUGCUAGUGCCAUGGCGCAGGCUACCGUGCUCUUGACCCUCCUGCUUGUCCUCGUCUGCUUCUACCAUGCUGAGGGCAAGGUGGUGGUGGUGGGCGGAUGGAAGAAGGCGAGUCCGUGGCAGUACAACGUCAUCAACUGGAAGCAAAAAAUCGUCCGCGCUGGAGACGUCCUCGUGUUCCGGUGGAGGUUCCUUCCCCAUGACGUGUGGAUCAUGAACACCAAGGAUGCCUACACCAACUGCGACUUCUCCGCUGCCACCAAGAAGACCGGCAUCACUGUGGUUGGCACGUACAGGUACAAAGUGCCAACUUCAGCAGCAGGAACUACGAUGUACUUUGGCUGUAGUGUACCAGGCCAUUGCACUACAGGGAAGAUGAAAGUUGCUAUUAAAAUCAGUGCUUAACUGAAUACGUCUCCUUGCUCGCAUCACAGCCUAGCAGUGCGAGUGUCUGCUGAUGUUCGCAGCACGAUGCUAGUCAUGAUGCUAGAAUGCUAGAUAUGCUAGUUUGUAGUCAAACUCUUCAAAAAGUCUCAUCUUGAAGGUGUUUCAAAACAUGUACCGUAUCAUAUUUCUAUUUUAACCCGUCGUAACAGGAUGACUGAUUCCGCUACCAGGUCAAGCCCCCCAGCAACACCUACCAUAGGCAGAAUGUCGGCGACAUAGAACAAGGCCAGACUGGGGCAUUCUGCCGUCUUUACAGCCAUGCGGCAUGCAUGCUGGCCCCCACAGCCACGCCUUUCUCGGCGCUAGCGGGCUCCCGCGAUUCGCGGUGCUGCUGGACGGCGCGGGCGAGCUGCUCAUGCCGGAAAGAGGUCGCAGCCAGCCUGCCACGUGUCAUGCAUACGGUUCCAUGGCGGCUUCUGGGCCAGCACCAGCCUGCCUUGGACUCCCCCUAAUAAGCCCUCGCCGUCCACGCGGCCAGACCUCCACGAGAUACCGCGUCUGCUUCUUGAGCGCGGAUUUGAGCGCGGCCCCCGAGUGUUUGGGACGCACUCCGCACCGUGACACGAGUAGUACCGUGACGCAAGCCGCACCGUGACGCAAGCCGCGGCGUACUGUGCUACAAGCAACGCAGCGGCUCUCCAAGAGGCUUUGAGCCAUGGCUGGUGCCGACAAGAGGCGUCGAUGUCCGCUGGACGCGGCAUGUGUGCUUGCGACCGACAGAUGGACCGACCCCAGACCCCAGGCGUCCGCACCGCCACCGUCGACCGACCCUCCUUCCCCAGACCCCAGGGUUCAAACCAGCAGUUGCCGGCUAUCCGCAGCGAGGUGACUCUUGAGUCGAUUCAGAAGCCAGAGCUAGUAUCUGCGUCAGUGCGCUACUGUCGUCGCUGGCGCGCACGCCAGGACAGUCACGGUGGGCAAGGGCUGGUUCAGCCCGUGGUCUUACGGCGUCGCUUCCUGGAAGCCUCCCACCGUGAAGACAGGGGACGUUCUUUUGUUCCGCUGGCGCUUUGCCGCGCAUGAUGUGUGGCGCCUCAAGGACCUGCCUGCGUACAACAACUGCACCUUUGUGGGCGGCAAGAAGCUCACUGCCAUCCGCACGUCCUACAGCUAUAGGUUCAAGGUGCCUCUGUCAGCAGCGGGCAGAACGCUAUUUUUCGCCUGCAGCGUGCCGUCGCACUGCAGUGUGUUCCGAAUGAAGACCAAGAUCUCCAUCUCGCUCUAAAGUGUCUUUCCAGACGCCUUAGGAGUCGUCUGCAGCUCUCUUUGCAGCGCGUUCAGAAUGAAGAGCCAGAUCCAGGUCUCGCUCUAAAGUGCCUUGACAGGCGCCUCAGGAGUCGCCUGCAGUGGGCCAGUGCGGCGUUGAUGAAGACCCCAAAAUCACCGUCUCGCCCUAGAAGACUGCACCCCGUCACAGAACCUGCACUGUCUCCUCCUGGCGCCUGCAGUGUUUCCUCGGCUGCAGAGUGCCAUGCCGUCCCACUGCAGCACAGUCAGAAUAAAGGCCAAGUUUCCAUCUUGCCCUGCACUCACUCUAUGCAACUCCUUUCGCUCCUUUUGCUUUUACCCGUGUCGCUACGUUCCUUUGUAUGGCUCCUUGGCCUUCCUCUCUCCACUCCACUCCUCCGCGGCCUUUGAAGGCUGAGCAGUGAGCACCGUUCGUGUGGGCCUGGUUUACCACGAUCCACGGCCUCACACUUGGCUUUCUCCCUAUCUGUUGACAUCUUACUUCAUUUCCCAGAUCGUUUGCCCCUUCACUUCUGAGCAGUUGGAUGGCAUCUUUCUAAAAUGUAGUGCUAGCCUCUUGCUGUACAAACCUGCAAACACAUGUAAUACUGUAUACCCCUUUACUGC